AUGCCAAGCCAAUCCCGAGACAGACGGGACCGUGACCGUGACCGGGAUCGGGAUCGCGACCGCACACGAGAACAAGAGCGCUCGCGCCGCCGAGACCGAGACCGCGAGUACAUCCGCGGCCGCUACGAAGACGACGAAGGCGCAACAUCCAGCCCUGGCAACGCGCGUACAGCGAAAUACCGCUUCCGCGGUGAACCUGGUUACGAAUCGAACUCACACAACGAGCGCGAUGAUUACGAUGAGGAGCGUGAGCGGCGAAGGGAACGGAGGCGCAGACGGAGGGAGGAAGAGGAUGAGGCGGCGGGACUUGCUUACGGGGAGUCUGGGGAGGGGAGGAGACGGGAUCGGGAACGAGAACGGGAGAGGGGAAAUUCUAGGGUGAAAGACUCGCCUGCUGCGUCGCCUACUAAAAAGCGGGAUCGCGAGAGACGGUAUCGCAGAGACGAAAGUCCGAGUGCGAGUCCUGUCCGAGAAAGACGGAGGGAAGUUGAAGUUGAUGCUGAGGCUGAAGCGCGUCGACGGAGACGGCGCGAGCGCGAGCGCGAAAGAGAAAGGGAGCAUCAGCGGGAAAUGGAUGCUGCUGCGUCGCCGGCGAGGAAACAUCGCAGCACCGAGUCUUCGAGUAGUGCUGCGCAUCUCUUGAGUGUUGAUGCCAUGGCACGACUUGCUGCUGAGCAUGAGGAUGUGGAUCGCAGGGAGCGGUCUCGCGGAGGAGAUGAUACACGUCGGGAACGGGAAGCUCGACGACAGCGGAAACGAGCUGUGUUAGAUGAUGCUGCUGGUGCGGCGCUUGGUGCUGGAGUUGCGCAGGGUCGCUCGCGCCAUCAAGCGGGUGCGCGAGUUGUGUCUGGUGCCCAUUUGGAAGAAGGUCAUAGCUCUGAUGCUCGGGUUCGUCGUCGUGGCGGUGGUGGACCUGCUGUGCAUGAUCAUUGGAAAGACGAAGAUAGCUGGGAGGGUAGCUUGGAGAGUCGUGGGCCACCGGCUUGGAAAUUCUGGUCUAAUUGGUCGAGAAAGAAGCGUAUCUUGGUCGGAUGCCUGCUGGGAGUGAUCCUCUUGCUUGCCAUUGUCAUCCCGGUUGCACUUGUUGUUUCAAAAAAGAAAGGUUCGGAUCCAAAGCCGAAUUCCUCGGACUCUGGUGACAGCAGUUCUCCUACCUCUAAUUUGGGUAGUAUCAGCCGGGACAGCAUACCGAGUUACGCCAAAAACACCGUCCUGGAUCCAUUUAUAUGGUAUGAGACCGAUGGAUUCAACCUCACUUUCACAAAUGCCACUGUUGGUGGUCUUUCCGUCAUGGGCAUCAACUCGAAGUGGGAUGACUCUGCCCGGCCGAACGACAAGGUGCCUCCUCUCAACAAGCCGUUCCCUUACGGCUCACAGCCAAUCCGCGGAGUCAAUCUAGGCGGAUGGCUUUCUAUCGAGCCGUUCAUUGUCCCGUCCUUGUUCAGCAAGUGGCCAUCUAGCGCCGGUGUCAUCGAUGAGUAUACCUUGACCAAAAAACUAGGAAACUCUGCGGCGGGCACGUUGGAGAAACAUUAUGCCGAAUUCAUUUCAGAAUCCGAUUUGAAAGAAAUCGCAGAAGCCGGACUCGAUCAUGUCCGCAUCCCAUACUCCUACUGGGCUGUGAAUACCUACGACGACGACCCAUACGUCCCCAAGAUUGCGUGGCGCUAUCUCCUGCGUGCAAUCGAGUGGUGCCGCAAGUAUGGACUGCGCAUCAAACUCGACCUGCACGGACUCCCCGGAAGUCAAAACGGCUGGAACCAUAGCGGCCGACAGGGCAGCGUCAACUGGCUGGAAGGCUCGGACGGUGAUCUGAACCGUAAGCGGUCACUUGAAAUUCAUGACCAACUCUCGAAGUUCUUUGCCCAAGAUCGGUAUAAGAACGUGGUGACAAUCUACGGUCUAGCGAACGAGCCGUUGAUGCUGAAGCUCCCCGUCGAAAAGGUCCUAGAUUGGACGAAGGAGGCCGCAGAACUCGUCCGCGAGAAUGGUGUUACUGCCACUCUUGUCCUGCAUGAUGGGUUUUUGAAUCUCGCCAAGUGGGACACCAUGUUCCAAUCUCACCCGGACAACAUGUACCUCGACACCCAUCAAUACACCACCUUCAACACGGGUGAGAUCGUCUUGAACCACACCGCUAAACUCGAUGUUAUCUGCAAUAGUUGGCACCCCAUGAUAAAGGAGAUUAACACAACAACAUCUGGAUGGGGUCCAACCAUUUGCGGUGAAUGGUCACAGGCAGACACCGACUGCGCGCAAUAUGUGAACAACGUUGGCCGAGGCGCCCGAUGGGAAGGGACCUACGAUACCAGUUCCACUACGGCAUAUUGCCCAACAGCGGACGAAGGAACCUGCAGCUGCGCCGAUGCCAACCAGGACCCAUCGGAUUAUUCGGCCACCUACAAGAAGUACCUGCAGACAUAUGCCGAGGCACAGAUGUCUGCCUUUGAAACGGCGAUGGGGUGGUUCUACUGGACCUGGCGGACGGAGUCAGCCGCCCAAUGGAGUUACCGGACUGCAUGGAAGAAUGGGUAUAUGCCUAGCAAGGCAUAUAGCCCUUCGUUCAAGUGCGGAGAUACAGUGCCCGACUUCUCCGAUGCAGCGGAGAGUUUCUGA